GUUUUUCGAUUGAUGUAAAAAGUAAAAACAGUGCAAAAAUCAUUGUUUUUUGUUGAUUUUUGUCAGUUUUUCACGGGUUAAGACGCCGAUCACAUUACAAAGAGGUCUGUAGUCUUCUGUAGUGUCCAAAAAUGGAUUUUCAGAACAGAGCUGGCGGUAAGACGGGUAGUGGAGGCGUAGCAUCGUUCUCUGAAAGUAAUCGUGACAGACGAGAACGAUUGAGGCAACUUGCUUUGGAGACCAUCGAUCUUAACAAGGAUCCAUAUUUUAUGAAAAACCAUCUUGGUUCUUAUGAAUGUAAACUCUGCUUAACCUUGCAUAAUAAUGAGGGAAGUUACUUGGCCCAUACCCAAGGAAAGAAACAUCAACAAAAUUUGGCAAGGAGAGCUGCCAAAGAAGCGAAAGAGGCUCCAGCACAACCUCAACCUGAGAAACCUAGAGUGUCACUAAAGAAGUUUGUAAAAAUUGGUAGACCUGGGUACAAAGUGACAAAACAGAGAGAACAAGGCUCCGGACAACAUAGUUUACUUUUUCAAAUUGACUAUCCUGAGAUCGCAGAGGGUCUGACACCCAGACAUCGUUUUAUGUCUGCCUACGAGCAGAGGAUUGAACCUCCAGAUAGAUCUUGGCAAUACUUACUAUUUGCUGCUGAGCCUUAUGAGACUGUGGCUUUCAAGAUUCCCAGUCGAGAAAUUGACAAAAGUGAUGGUAAAUUUUGGACCCAUUGGAACCCAAACACAAAGCAGUUCUUUUUCCAAAUGCAUUUCAAGAUCUCCGCCCAUCAACAACAACUGAUGCAGCAGAUGAAACAACAGCAAUCCCGCAAUCCUCGUCGUCCUAACCCAGCCCCAGGUGCCCCACCUCCACCUCCUGGGGUGACUAACAACCCUCAAGGUCCAUCUGGUCCCCCACCGCCUCCGGGAUUCAACCCACCUCCUCCUUCUGGCCCACCAUCUGGUCCACCUCCAGGACACGGACCGCCCUCGGGUCCACCGCCCGGCCACGGACCACCCUCGGGUCCACCACCCGGCCAUGGACCGCCCUCGGGUCCACCACCCGGCCAUGGACCACCCUCGGGUCCACCACCCGGCCAUGGACCACCCUCAGGGCCACCUGGCCCCCCCAGUCUGAUUCCACCGCCACCUCGUAACGUACCCUCGGAGAACCCCCUCAAUCCAUUCGCAGCGAGAUAACUCAGAGAACAUUUCGUUUUAAACAUUCACACGUCAGUGUAAGAAAUACGACGAUGAAAACCUCUAAGUGGACAAUUUUUCAACUUACCUAUUUUAUCAUUUCCAAAUUAUUACUUGUACCAAACCUUUGUAAGUAAAACAGCUUUUCAAGAAACUU